GAUAUCGAAACCAAAACACGCUGGACAAAAGGAACAAUGGACAUCGCCGUAUCACAACUUCUCCUCCUCGCUUGCUUUCUCAUUCCAUGCCUCCUCCUCUUCGCCGCCGCCGCCGUCAAAUCUCGCCGGAGAUCCAUCGGAGCCGCCGCACUUCCGCCGGGUCCUCCCCGGUUGCCGAUCAUCGGGAAUAUUCUCAACGUUGGAAAAAAUCCCCACCAUUCGCUCGCAGAACUCUCGAAAGUUUAUGGACCCGUGAUGAGUCUCAAGCUCGGGACCUUAACCACGGUGGUCGUGGCUUCGCCAGAAGCAGCCAAGGAGGUGCUUCAGGUUCAUGACCAAGCCUUGUCAGGUCGAACCUUCAGUGACCCGGUUCGUGCCAUCGGUCACCACGAUGUUUCCGUUGUCUGGCUGCCGGCGCUGGCUCGUUGGAGGUUACUGAGAAAAAUAUCGGCGGCGCAUCUUUUCUCGCCGAGCCGUCUCGAAGCGUCAAAGCCGAUACGGACAAACAAGUUGCGGGAACUCGUAAACUUCCUUAACGGCAGCCGCGACAGAGGAGAAGCAGUGGACAUUGGUCGGGCAUCGUUCGUAACCGCCGUCAAUAUAAUCUCAAACACUCUCUUCUCCAUCGAUUUCGGCUCCUAUGACCACACGGCUUCCAACGAGUUCCACGACCUCGUCAUCGGCAUCAUGACCGCCGCCGGAAAACCAAACGUCGCCGACUAUUUCCCCAUCUUGAGGUUUCUUGAUCUCCAAGGUAUCCGGAAAGAGAUGAAGUCCUGUUCAGACAGGUUGUUCGAGGUUUUCCAAGGGUUUAUCGAUGCUCGGAUCGCGAAGAGAUCGUCUCGGAAUGAUCCGAAAGAUGCUUCGAACACCGAUGUACUGGAUUCCCUUCUCGAUAUCGCCCUCGAAAACGGAUGGGAACUCAGCGUGAAGGACAUUAGGCACUUGCUUCUGGACUUGUUUUUAGCGGGUACAGACACAAACUCCAGUACGGUAGAAUGGGCGAUGGCCGAGUUACUCCACAGGCCAGAUACUAUGGCAAAAGCUCAGGCCGAGAUUACGCGAGUAAUAGGUAAAAACGGUGUCAUUCAAGAAUCCGAUAUCCCGAAACUUCCGUAUAUCCAAGCAGUGAUGAAAGAGACUCUACGCUUACAUCCACCGGCGCCAUUUCUCUUACCGCGAAAAGCAGAGUCAGAUACAGAGAUUUUCGAUUUUCUCGUACCGAAAAACGCUCAGGUCUUGGUUAACGUGUGGGCUAUAGGACGAGAUCUGAACGUGUGGGAUAACCCGUCGGAGUUCGAGCCGGAGAGGUUUUUGGGACGUGAAAUCGACAUGAAGGGCAAAGAUUUCGAGCUGACACCGUUCGGAGCCGGGCGAAGAAUCUGUCCGGGAAUGCAGCUUGCUUUCAGGACAGUGCCCAUGAUGUUGGUCUCUCUUCUACAUUCCUUUGACUGGGAGCUCCAAAACGGCGUCGUCCCCGAGGAUUUGGACAUGGAGGAGGCCUUCGGCGUUACACUGCACAAGGCCAAGCCCCUCUUUGCCGUUCCCAUCAAGAAACGCGUCGUCCCAAUUUCUUCCCCGGAGACCUGACCCAUACGCUUUUUGUUCUUCCUUCUUCGCACGGAAUUCUCAGUUCAUUUUGUUUUAUUUAUUUUUUGUAUAAUAUUUGGGCGUACUUACCGAU